AACGAGGAGCGAGUAAUAAAUCAAUCCCUAGCUGCCUGAGGAAGGGCAGCCAGAGACAGAGGCAGGGCACUGGUGGAGAGCGCUCCCGCGGGCCGUCGGAAUGCACCUGAAAGACAAAGUGGCUCUGGUCACAGGGGCAGCGCAGGGCAUUGGGAACGCCUUCGCCCGAGCCUUGCUGGAGAAGGGCUGCAAGGUAGCACUUGUGGAUCAGAAUGUGGAACGAGGAAAAGCAAGCAAAGAUGCCUUUGACAAACAGUUUGAAGCACAGAGGACCAUAUUUAUUUCUUGUGAUGUUUCAAGUGAAGAAAAACUAAAAGAUGCUUUUAAGAAGGCAUUUGAACAUUUUGGAAAGCUGGAUAUUGUGGUUAACAACGCUGGAGUGAAUAAUGAAAAAAACUGGGAAAUCACAGUCCAAGUUAACUUGAUUUCAGUGAUCAGAGGAACGUAUAUCGGCUUAGAACACAUGAAAACUCAAAAUGGACAUAAUGGGGGAGUUAUUGUGAAUGUAGCAUCACUAGCAGGACUUAUGCCUGUUGCAUUCCAGCCAGUGUACUGUGCUUCAAAGCAUGGGGUUAUUGGAUUUACACGUUCGAUAGCCAUGGCUUCUGAGGCAGCGAACUAUGGCGUACGAAUAAAUACCAUCUGCCCUGCUUUUGUCAACACACCAAUUCUUCAGUCAAUAGACAAGGAAGAAAACAUGGGUCAAUAUAUUGCAUACAUUGACAAGAUUAAAGAUAUGAUGGAAGUCUACGGCGUAUUGGAACCAACACUAAUUGCCAAAGGAUUGAUACAAAUCCUUGAAGAUGAUUCAUUAAAUGGACAAGUUAUGAAGAUAACAACGAAGCAAGGAAUUCAUUUUCAUGAAUACAACACAGCACCCAUUGAAACAGGGAAUUCUAAUUUGUGACUGUUUUCAUUCCUGAAAUGAAAUUGUUUUGAGUUGUAAAGCAAUGCUAAUGGUACAUCUGAGUUCUAAAUAUUGCUGCCAGUAUAUUCCUUUUGUGAGGAAUUAGAUACAAAACAAACAUGAUUUUUGAUAUUAAAAAUUGAAUUUUAGAAGUUUAGUUCUUAACUUAAUGUGAGGCUGCAUUCAGAUGGCAGUUUAUUCGAUUCUCCUGAUGUUUCCUUCCCUGAUAAUUUCCACAUUUCACUGGAUCUUCCAUACAACGUAAAAGCCACCUCUAGAAAUCUAGUGGAAUGUAGUUUAGCACUCACCCCCAUGUUAAUUGCUUCCAGGGGGAAAAAAUCAAUUUGCAGCCCUGGAAAACUGAAAAAUCACAUGAGUUUUGCUCACAUAGUGAACUUUUGGGUGGUAAUUUGACAUACUGAGGGGUGAAUCAUGGGGGAAACAGGAGCACCCAUGUGUGGAAAGGGUGGAGAAGUAGUUAUCAAAGCUAGUUUGAUACAAAAUAAAACACAGGUCAUCUAUGGU